GUCUAUGCCUGCUUCCCCGGGUCUCGGCUGAGCUCCCUCGCGGGCCCCGGGAGCGCUGCUCCGUGCCCGUUUGCGGGGCGAGUGGCCUGUUGGAGGGGGGAAGGCUGGCGGCGGGCAGGCAGGCGGGAAGCAGGCACAAGCAAGGGCACAAGAGAGCCAGGACGGGGGCAUGGGCACGGGCACGGGCACGGGGGCUCGCCGGCAGAGAACAGCGCCUACAGCCACCCGGAGAGUGCCACCGGUACGUACACGAUAGAACGCUCCCCGCCCUGCCAAUGGCCUCCUCCGUGCCCUCGAACCUGAGCAUGAAUAUGAACUCGAACAAUACGAACACAAACAUGAACAUGAACAUGAACGUCAACGUGAACAGCGGCGGUGUUGGUGUCGGAAACAGCAGCAGCGAGCUGCUGGGUCGGCGGCAGUCGGUGCCGAUGGAAACCGUCGCUGAGGAGGUGUUUGACGGCAAGACCGAGCAACCGUACAAGCUGCUGUUUUCGCAGCGGUCCAUGGUCGGCCACGGCUCGUUCGGCUACGUGUACCAGAUCAACAUCCUGCCGGCGAACAAGAAGGCUGCGAUAAAGACGGUGUUGCAGGACAAGCGCUUUAAGAACAGAGAGUUGGAGAUCAUGCGUUUGAUCCACCACAAGAACGUCGUCAACUUGAUCGCUUACUACUACAAGACCAACGACAAGGAUCAGCUCUACCUCCACUUGGUGCUGGAGUACGUCCCGGAGACGUUGCACACCGCCUCCCACUGGUACUUCUCCAAGCACAAGUCCAUGCCGCUCCUUGCCAUCAAGCUCUACUCGUACCAGCUUCUGCGCUCGCUCAACUACAUACACUCUCUCGGGAUCUGCCACCGAGACAUCAAGCCGCAGAACCUCUUGAUAGACCCUAUAUCGGGCGUUUUGAAGCUCUGUGACUUUGGCUCGGCAAAAAUUCUCAAGCCGUCCGAGCCGAACGUCUCCUACAUCUGCUCCCGCUACUACAGGGCUCCAGAACUCAUCUUCGGCGCCAGAAACUACACCUCUAAGAUCGACGUGUGGUCUGCAGGAUGCGUCAUUGCCGAAAUGGUCCUAGGACAACCCCUCUUCCCGGGACAAUCCGGCAUCGACCAGCUGGUGGAAAUCAUCAAGUUGUUGGGCACGCCCUCCAAGGAGGAGAUCAGAUCAAUGAAUCCAAACUACAUGGAACACAAAUUCCCCUCCGUGCGGCCCAUACCUUUGAUCAAGAUCUUCCCUAACGUUGAGCCGGAAAUGGUGACCAUGUUUGUGAAAAUAUUCAAUUACUCGCCAGCAAAGAGAAUCACAGCAGCACAAGCAAUGUACGAACCUUACUUCAACUUGUUCAGAGAAAAGAGCUUUCAAAAUACACAGAUGCCAAAUUUCCGCGGUUACAAGCUGAUUAAUGAAACAACGGUGCCAGACCUCCUAGAUUUCAGCAAACGUGAAUUGAGUUUCGAGCCAGAACUGUGGGAUAAAUUGCUUCCGGAGUGGAAACGACAGGAACUUGAUAUGCACUCAUUUGUGCCAUAUUCCGUCCAAGAACUCCAAGACACCGACAACAACUUAUGACAUGCGCCCGCUUUACUCUUUGAAACUUCUAAUCGUUAAUCUCUUACCACCUCUUCUUUUCAUGACCUCCUUCCGACUGCUACCAGUCGUAUACUUACAGCUUAAAUAUCUUUCAUGAACUCGUAUAUUAACAUGUAUAAUCACCCCCUAGACAUAUAGUAUAAACGUAUGUAUAUCUUCCACAACAAUUACUUAUGAUAACGAAU